UUCGAUUCUUACCGAGAGUGCACGCACGAUCGAUAUAGAUCGCUCAACGUAUUCGUUUUCGAAUCAUUCGUUUAAAAAACGGGGUAGUUUGUAACAGUGGCGCAUUGUAGGGUUGGGACUUAUAAGAUAGUGUGAGACUCAGUGGCUUGUUUCAGUGGUUGUUCAUUAAUUCUGUGAGGACGUCCCUAGUUAGAGUAUUUUAAACAAUGGCGGACUUUACAUUCGCCAACGCGACCCAGGAGAAUGUGUUCUCAGACAUGGUCAGCGAUCACUUAAAGGGCAUCGGCAGAAUGUUCUACAUCCAUUCCCCUAAAGAUACUAUGUUCGAACGCAAGGAGGAUGUACCUAACUUUUUUAGACAAUCAUGGCCCUACUUCUUCUUGUUCAUGAUCCUGGAACACAUAGUCCUCAGGCUAGAGGGCAAACCAGGAAUUAGGCUCAACGAUGGCAUCACUAGCAUAUCUCAUGGAAUUCUCCAGGAGUGUGGAAGGUUAGUUUGGCGUGGUGCGGAGUCGUUUUUGUAUACCUGGAUCUAUGCGAACUUUAGACUUGUGGAGCUGCCUUGGGACAGUACUGUGACGUGGUAUGCUGCAGCGCUAGGAGUAGAUUUCUGUUACUACUGGAUGCACAGAGCUUGUCAUGAGGUCCACAUACUAUGGGCGCAGCAUCAGGUUCACCAUACAUCUGAAGACUUCAACAUGGGUGUCGGAAUACGACAGUCUAUGCUCCAAGGAUGGUGUGGAUUUGCUUUCUACCUACCACUGGCACUGGUCAUCCCUCCAGCUCAAUUCGUGAUGCACCACCAGUUCAGUUACUUGUACAUGUUCUGGAUCCACACUGAGGCUAUCAAGAGCUUGGGACCUCUCGAGUACAUCCUCAACACUCCUAGCCACCACAGAGUGCAUCAUGGCAGCAACAAAUACUGUUUGGACGUGAACUACGGAGGAGUUCUCAUCAUCUGGGACCGUAUCUUUGGUACCUUCAGACCUGAGACUGACAAGGUUGAGAUCGUUUAUGGUCUCAUCUACAACCAGCCUUCUUUCAACCCCCUGUACUUACAGGCUUUCUACAAUGGCUACGUAGUCAAAAAGUUCCGUUCCAUGGACACCUGGGAGAACAAAAUCAAGGCUGUUGUUUGGGGACCUAGCUGGGAGCCUGGCACUGCUCGUCUGGGAGAUGAGGACAUGAAAGUAGAUGUUGAAAACAGAGAUAAAUACGACGUCAACCUCCCGGCCUGGUGCAACCUGUAUCUGAUAGCUCACUAUGCCCUCGUGCUGUACGGAUUCUUCGAACUCGCUUCCAAAUAUAUGGGUAUGACGCCAGUCUCUGUUCUGAUUUGCGUCAUGUACGUCAUUGCUUCCCUCACCAUCAUUGGAAUGUUGUUCGAUAACUCCAAGCAUGCUCCUCUCUUGGAGGUCAUCCGAUGCUCAGCUCUGGCCUUCCUCAUCAGAAGUGUGACGGUCGCCAGUCCAGCGUUGGCUACUGCCCUACAAACUUUCUACGUAGCCUCAGCUAUGUUCUGGUGCUUGAACAUUCUGAAGUUCUUAGAAAUCAAGAAGACAAAGAAGGUUGAGUAAAGUCUGAUAUUCACGACUGAUUUCUGCGGUUUGAAUGUGAGAAUGACUAUAGCGAUACAGAUGGUGGAUGGUUGGAAACGGGAACUGAUUUUGAAGGCCAAGACUUAAAAGAUCAUACUCCUACUUAUUGCUUAUUAGACUUCCCUUAGCUGGAAUUGGGAACAAUCUAGAAUCUAUUAUAAACUUAAUGAGAAUGAUCUUAU